CUGUAGGCCUACAUGUGAGUGUGUCAUGAUGGUCAGCGCAGUUUCACUCGCGGCGGGUCUUUGAUCGAUGCAAACAUGAUUCUCUCCAUACGAUUAUUAAUAUUUCUAGCGGCUCUGUGGCGCGUGUCAGAAGGGAAGACAUCUCUGCCAUAUAAAUCAGAUGGCAACUGUAUCAAUAGCACCUAUGAAUAUUUCAACAAAUUGCUACGCAUAUGCUGCAGUAAAUGCAAACCAGGGACCCGUCAGUUAAACAAGUGCACUAGUGAAUCGGACACCACCUGUGAGCCCUGCCCGGAUGGACAGUACUCUGACAGUAUGAACCAUUAUGGCAAUUGUUUUUCGUGUCAGAAAUGUGAUGAUGACAGAGGACUGAUGUAUGCCACAAACUGCUCAGCUUAUUCCAAAUCUGUUUGUGUAUGCAAGCCUGGAACUUUCUGUCAAGAUGAUUUCAAUGACGAGUGUAGGAUGUGUAGAACAUAUAAAUCCUGCCAACCUGGUGAAGGCCUCAUCAAAAAUGGUACAGCCAAAUCUGAUGUCAAGUGUGCGCCCUGUCAUGAAGGAACAUUUUCUGACCACACUAACACUGAACCGUGCAAGCCACAUACACAAUGUGUUGGAGGUUCUGUUUUGACACCUGGAACUUCUACAACUGACACAAAAUGUAAAACGACGCCAUCUGCAACAACCAAGGUUCCUCGUCAAAUAUCACCCAAGGGUGUCCCAAUGGAUCCUUGGCAAGUAAAACCGAGAGGAUUCCAGAGCUUUACACAGGAAACCCAGCCAAUGAACAUGACUGUCACACCAUCUUUACCUGCAUCAAGCAGAGUGAUGACCAGCACAAUAACAAUUUUAUCGAAACCAAAUUCAGUCAGAGUAAAUUCCACGCCUGAACCACCGUAUACCAUGACUAUAAUCUACUGCAUAGUCAUCACUGGUGCCAUGCUGAUUUUGCUGAUGCUGACAGUGAUGGUGAUUACUUGCAGAUUUCGAUACAGGAAAGCAGGUAUAAUUAAGGCUGAGAUCGUAGAAGACAACAAGCAAGAGCAGGGUCUAUUGGCGAACUACUUACCCACUGAUGGGUGCCAAAAAGAGCCCUCCAUGACAUCAUCAGACAGCCAUAGUCAGCCAGACUCAAGCCAGAGCCACAGCAGCAGUGAUUGGAUAGAACGUGCCAGCCAGGAGGAGACUCUACCAGAGCAACCAUCCGUCUCCAGUCCCUUAGUCAAUCUGAGCAUCACGGCCACAUUUAACUGUCAAAUGAACCCGGCUUGCUGUUCCAUACCACUUACUCCUGCAGCGCUGACACCCAAAGCUGAAGCUCCAGUGCAACUUUCUCAAGAGGAGGUCUGUAUCUCCUGCCAGCAAGAAGACGGCAAAGAAGCCCUGCAGUCGGUGCAGGAGAGCGACCCACGCGUAUUCUGAUUGGUGGAUUCCAAGCUUGCGUCAUUAACCAAAAGAGCAUGAGCAACAGAGAUGUUUAAAGACCCCAUAAAAUGGCCAAUAGCCAUCAAUCAGCAUUUUAAGGAUAUAAUUUUACUGUGGUUCCAGAUUAAUAUGUCACAUGGCAUUUACGGUUUAGGUGAUUGGCUACAAAAAAAGAGCCAGAACUGAGUGUCCAUAAGCAAAGGUGGCAGUGAACACUGCAGGUUGUGUACGUUUUGGGGCUAUAUGUGCAAGUCGAGCACAUUUUUUGUUAUUGUUGCAGAACAAUGAACACUUAAAAUUCAAACGUAAUGUGGAUUUAGAAGGUGCAUACACUUUUACAUUACAUUUGCAACAAGUAAAAAAAAAGAAAACAAAUAUCACUUUCGUCAGGGGGAGUGAGCCGAGCAAGUGCCAUUAAAGUCCCGUUAAGGCAAGGCAGAUCACUCUGCGGCCAUGUUCGUAAUGCCCUCGUGCAAUUUGUGGAUGUUAUUUUCUUUUCUUCCUUAAUGGGGAAAGACCAAAAUCUCCAAAACAGCUGGUCAAGAUUACAAUCAAAUAACAUUUUUCAAAUCACCAAUAAAAACUGACAACAAUCGUGUCGUAAAUCGCAUUUCUUUAGCUCAGAUCACGCUAAAAAACACUAUUUUUCAGGCUGGUCUAGCUAAUGCGGAUGCGCGUUCUCUGUGAAAACUCCCAGGUGAUGUCUCUAUCAAAAAAGAUACAUAUAAAUUAUGUUUUGUAAGCAUGCCAGUGUCUCAUCUCAUUCUAUACCGUCUCUGGUGCCAUUGAGAUGAUCGCUAAUGGCUAGCUUUCUCCAGGUAUUAGACCUCUGUGGGCAAAACCACAGCUUGUAUCGUGGACACAUGUAAUGAAGGCAAUUUCAAAAUGAAUGCUGAUACAUAAACUGACAUUACUGCUUAUGUGCUGAUUUUUACAUCUCUGACCUUCUGUUUGUUUUAAAUUUUUAUGCUUCCUUCCUCAGUUAAGUAGUAGACCUUAUUCACAGCAGCGCCGCCAUCUUUGAUUUUUGACGGGAAUGACAACAAGGCUGUGAGGGAUAGACGCACAGUCAUUUUAAUGGGUUGUACAGUUGUUUAAAGUGUUUUUGGAUCAUUCUGCUGAAACAUUGAAAAAUAUCUUUCCAAGAAAUUUCCAAAAAACUCCAGACAACACGAGUUGUUGAAAAUUAGAUGUUAUCAAGGAGCUUUAUACAUCUUUAUAUAGUGCAUAUCAUUAAAGAGAUGGUAAAUAUCUCUCUCACAGCCUCAUUUUCAUUCUCGUGAAAAAUCAAAUAUGGAGCUUCUGUGCAGGUCCAUCCUCUGACAUUUUGACUUAUAACUUCAAACUUGACUUAUAACUUGACUUAUAGCUUUUACAUAUUUUAGAAUAAUAGUUAAGUCAUCAAAACUAUAAAAUACACACAAAUAGAUGAGGGGGAAUUAUGUUGUGACAAAAAAAUUAUAAAUGAAAUUAAACAUUUAGUAUUGAAAAGAUUAAAAAUACUUGUGUACAAGAAAUGUAAACAUAGACACAAUUUAAAUUUGUCUACAAAACUUAUUACAGACACUUAAAUAUAAGCUUUUAGAUCAAAUGUUUAUAUAUAUAUAUAUAUAUAUAUAUAUAUAUAUACACACACACACUGGCGGCCAAAAGUUUGGAAUAAUGUACAGAUUUUACUCUUAUGGAAAGAUAUUGGUACUUUUAUUCACCAAAGUGGCAUUCAACUGAUCACAGUGUAUAGUCAGGACAUUAAUAACGUGAAAAAUUAUUACAAUUUGAAUUUUUUUUUUUUCCAGAACUUCUUAAACUUCUUCAAAGAGUUCUCAUCAAAAAAUCCUCCACGUGCAGCAAUGACAGCUUUGCAGAUCCUUGUUAUUCUAGCUGUCAGUUUGUCCAGAUACUCAGGUGACAUUUCACCCCACACUUCCUGUAGCACUUGCCAUAGAUGUGACUGUCUUGUCGGGCACUUCUCACACACCUUACAGUCUAGCUGAUCCCACAAAAGCUCAAUGGGGUUAAGAUCCAGAACACUCUUUUCCAAUUAUCUGUUGUCCAAUGUCUGUGUGUCUUUGCCCACUCUAACCUUUUCUUUUUGUUUUUCUGUUUCAAAAGUGGCUUUUUCUUUGCAAUUCUUCCCAUAAGGCCUGCACCCCUGAGUCUUCUCUUUACUGUUGUACAUGAAACUGGUGUUGAGCGGGUAGAAUUCAAUGAAGCUGUCAGCUGAGGACAUGUGAGGCAUCUAUUUCUCAAACUAGAGACUCUGAUGUACUUAUCCUCUUGUUUAGUUGUACAUCUGGCCUUCCACAUCUCUUUCUGUCCUUGUUAGGGCCAGUUGUCCUUUGUCUUUGAAGACUGUAGUGUACACCUUUGUAUGAAAUCUUCAGUUUUUGGUAAUUUCAAGCAUUAUAUAGCCUUCAUUCCUCAAAACAAUGACAGACUGACAAGUUUCUAGAAAAAGCUGUUUCUCUUUUGCCAUUUUUGACCUAAUAUUGACCUUAAGACAUGCCAGUCUAUUGCAUAAUGUGGCAACUCAAAAACAAACACAAAGACAAUGUUAAGCUUCAUUUAAUGAACCAAAUAGCUUUCAGCAGUGUUUGAUAUAAUGGCAAGUGAUUUUCUAGAACCAAAUUAGCAAUUUAGCAUGAUUACUCAAGGAUAAGGUGUUGGAGUGAUGGCUGCUGGAAAUGGGGCCUGUCUAGAUUUGAUCAAAAAUUACUUCUUUCUAAUAGUGAUGGUGCUGUUUUUUACAUCAGUAAUGUCCUGACUAUACUUUGUAAUCAGUUGAAUGACACUUUGGUGAAUUAAAGUUCCAGUUUCCUUCCGAAACAGCAAAAUCUGUACAUUAUUACAAACUUUUGGCCGCCAUUGUAUAUAUAUAUAUAUAUAUAUAUAUAUAUAUAUAUAUAUAUAUAGAUAUAUAAUCAAUAAUCAUGAGAAACACACAAGUCGAGUCAAGCAUUGUAUGUUUCAUUGAAGGUUGUAGAAAAUGUUGUUGCACUGUCUGAUAUAUGGAGCUAGCGCCACCCAGUGGUUGAUAUUUUCUGUGCUUUCCAGGCUAUUUUACAGUCAAACUGUUUUUCCCCGCGUGCUAAACGGAAGAGGUGAAUGUAUUAUUCUGAGAUGUUUUUUGACGUGAGAAAUUAAUGAGAAAUCAGUAGGCUUUCUGGGACUUUUUAAGAUUUUAUUUAAACAAGAGCCUCUGUUACAGCACGGGUUUACCAAAAAUUGUAAUAAGGAAAUAGUUAACCUAAAUGUGAAAAUUCAGUCAUAAUUUACUCCCCCUCAUGUUGUUUCAAGCCUGUUUGACUUAUUUACUUCCGUCGAACAGAAAAGGAAAUGUUAGGCAGAAUGACAGUCACCAUUCACUUACUUUGUAUGAAGAUAAGAUUCAAUAAAAGUGAAUGGUGACUGAGACUAACAUUCAACCUAACGUAGGCCUACAUCUCCUUUUGCGUGCCAUGGAAGAAAGUCAUGUAGGUUUGGAACAACAUGAUGGUGAGUAAAUGCUGACAGAAUUUCCCUUAAUAUUGCCUACUUUGGAUUGCCAGAUUUUAAAAUUUUUAUAAUUGAUAUAUAUAUAUAUAUAUAUAUAUAUAUAUAUAUAGUGUGUGUGUAUGUGUGUGUGUGUGUGUGUGUGUGUGUGUGUGUGUGUGUGUGUGUUUUAUUCAAAUGUUGAAUCACUUGUAAAUAAAUAUUUUUAUUGUA